AUGAAUCACAAGACGUCGCGUGCAACUCGGAAGAAUAACAUUAGACAGCGAUUCGUCACUCUUUUGAAGAAGUUCAAAGUUCCAGAUGAAGAGGGCAUUCCGUCAAGAUCAGACUCUGCUGUAAUGGUACCGACAGAAAAGGAACUACAAGAUCUCUUUGAGGAAUUGGAAAAUAUGAGCGAUUCAGGACCGGAAAUGGCAGCAGACGAGAUAUCAAUAGGCAGCAACCCACGGCCUGGUCUACGUCCUUACUUCACGCGAUCGAAGGAGGUACUACCGGCGAUUUAUGAUCGUGUAAGUGAUGCCACUAAACGUCCAUUUUCAGAUCUUUUAAUUUUGUGGUGA